CCAACUGUCAGCUUGUCUGGACCAACCGACCAACACUCUCUGCGCAGCAGGAAAAGGACACGCGCUGCUUAAUUAUCUCAGUCCAUUUACGCAAAGAUUCCAAGGAGAAAGGUAUCAUUUAUUCAUUUCCAGUAGUCCAGUUCGGUAAACUGCGAAAGAAAUAAAGAAUAAAGCAAAAGAGAAACCCCCCGUGUUAGUUUAUCAGAGAUUCCACCCUUUCGACUUCAUAGUUCAGAUUUAUAAUAGUAUAUGUGCUUUUUGUAUAUAGAUUUACACAUCGUAGCUUCUAAGGCAAGGGAUAAUUUCCUAUAUUAAUAACAUUUUGAAAGUAUAUUUCAAGUAUUAAGGAUUCGGACACGCGCAUUUUGUUGAUGUAUUGCUGAUCAUUCACUGUCUGCUGGGUGUCUGCUUCAAUUCUGCUACAGGUUCGCAAUUUUGAUCGAUAUACCUCUUCAAAACAAUUGUUUUCCUGGCAUCCUUGAAAAAAAUGUCUUGCAUAUUAUUUUAACCGGAUGCUGCUAAAAGCUUAGACCUUAGUAGCAGUGACAUCAGAAAAGAAGCAUAUUAAGUUCAUGAUGAUCCUGGGAUAUGUUUCUGAAGAAUAUGCAUUGAUCUUGCACCCAAUAAAGCAUUCUCUUCAGAAUACGAUGUGAAAGAAUGGUUCUUUUCUUGACACUUUUGGAAGAAGGUUUGCUGCUUCUAGAGGAGCUAGCUAGGGACAAGCACUGUUCUUGUCUAUCAAGAGUCAUCCGAUCUGGAAUCGAACUGUCUUAAUGCGUUAGAUGAGGCCAGGCAUGAAAGGCGGGGUCGAGAUUUUAAGGAUUUGGUUCUUCACUCAUGCUAAUUGUCAAUUAAAUAUUGGGGAAGAAAUAUGGCAACAGAGCUGGUAAACUCAGCUACAAGUGAGAAACUCAAUGAAACAGAUUGGAUGAAAAACAUUGAGAUUUGUGAAUUAGUUGCCCGUGAUCAUAGCCAAGCUAAAGAAGUUAUUAAAGCUAUAAAGAAGCGUUUGGGAAGUAAAAAUUCCACAACUCAGAUAUUUGCAGUUACAUUGCUGGAAAUGCUAUUGAACAAUAUUGGAGAUCCUGUUCAUAAGCAGGUCAUAGAUACCAGAAUCCUCCCAAUGCUUGUACUGAUAGUAAAGAAAAAGUCAGAUAUAGCUAUACAAGAGAAAAUAUAUCAUCUUCUGGAUGCUGCACAGACAUCUGUUGGUGGGAUUUCUGGGAGGUACCCUCAGUACUAUUCUGCUUACCAUGAGUUAGUGAGUGCAGGAGUGCAGUUUGGUCAACGACCUCGUGUGAUUCCAAAAGAGCCUUCAUUAUCUUCCAAUGAGAGUAAGAACAAUAACCCUGGUGGCAGUGAGCUGGCCUCUUCUCAAAGUCAAAAGAAAUCACCACAACCAGAGACUAAAAAUGAUUCAGGUUCUAGUGUGCUACAAAAAGCCAAUGCUGCACUUGAAAUCUUAAGGGAUGUCAUGGAUGCUGUUGACCCUCAACUUCCUGAGGGAGGAAAGGAUGAGUUCACACUUGAUCUUGUGGAACAAUGUUCAUUUCAGAAGCAAAGGGUUAUGCAUCUUGCAAUGACUUGUGGAGAUGGUGAUGUAGUUUCUAAAGCUAUUGAGGUGAAUGAGCAGCUUGAUAGAGUUCUUUCACGGCAUGAUGCCCUUGUUUCUGGUAGGUCUAUAUCAAUGCCUAAUCCUGCUGGUAAUGAACAACCAGAGGAUGAGGAGGAGGCUGAACAGCUUUAUCGGAGAAUGCGAAAAGGAAAAGCACAUGUACAAUCUGAAGAUGAAGACCGUCACAUAGAUCAACCGAGGGGAUUGCUUGGCUCAUCAGUUCCUGGAAGUAGACUUCACCGUCCGCUUAUAAGGACAGAAGAGUCUUCAGACCAUAAACAGGAACAUGAUAGGGGUAAAGCAGCAGCUGUUGCAAUUCCACCGCCACCUGCCAAGCAUGCCGAGAGGGAAAAAUUCUUUAGGGAAAACAAAUCAUCAAAUAGCUCUCCUACAGCUCUAACGGGGCAUGUCAGGGAUCUUUCCUUACACCGUCGCAAUGCCAGCAGCUCCCAAACUGGCAGCGUCGAUUUUAGUAACUAAUAAGGGAGACAAUGGGAUAACUUGUUUUUAACAAACAAGUGCUUUUUACAUGAACAGUAUGGCUUUUGCUUGAAGAAGGGACAACAGGACAAUGAAAAAGUUUUUUUUCACAAGAGUAAAAAAUCAAAUCACUUUUAAUGCUGGUUUUAGGAAGCACCAGAUUGGUGUUCUUUUGAAAAGUACUUCCAACUGUUCCAAGUGCUUAAAUGAGAAAUCCCCUAUCAUAAAAUAAAAGCACUGGUACCAAAAGUUAUCCCAAAUAGUCUCUGUGCUCUUGUUACUUCAUAUGAGGAUUCUUUUUAUUCCCAAUAGAUGCUGAACCGGAAUUAGAUGGAUUGGGAAUCAAAACAUCUAUCCCAAUUUGGAGUAAGUGCCGAUUACCUAACCUUUUGUUUGUGUUCACUUUCUAAGUUUGUCUAGUGGGUUAGCGUGGUAUAAAUUGUAAUGCUUAGUGAGUUUUACAAAUGUUGUGAAUGACUUGAAGAUGCUCGGACUUGAAAUGUUAUACUAGUGAUCAUAUUUGUGUCUGACAGAAGCGGUCUGUGUAUGUGAACACUCGGUAUAUAUGUAUGUAUACACAUGGAUUUGAUUAUAUAAAAAAAGUGUUCUUCAAGUGAAAAA